CUUCAUUUCUCCACUACUACUUCAUCGUCAUUUCUCCACUACUGCCACAUUACAUCUACAUCACACCAUUCAUCAUUUCUCCACUCCUGUCACCUACAUUACAUCUACAUCGAUCAUCGCAAAGUCGUCUACAUCACACACGUACAAGAUUGCUUUUAUAGCGUCUUUGUAUACAUCGUACAAAGGUCGUGUUCUUCAGUAUCUGCCGUUUGGGAACAACCCUGCUACAGCCCCUGUACUCGGUGGUUAGGUUUCUCAGCAUCUGCUGUUUGGGAACAACCUUGCUAUAGCCUGUACUCGAUAGUAGGUUCCUCGGUAUCUGCUGUUUGGGAACAAUCCUGCUACAGCCUGUAUUCGGUGGUUAGGUUCCUCGGCAUCUGCUGUUUGGGAACAACCCUGCUACAGCCCCUGUACUCGGUGGUUCGGUUCCUCAGCAUCUGCUGUUUGGGAGCAUUCUUGCUACAGCUUGUACUCGGUAGUUUAGGUUCCUCAGUACCUGCUGUUUGGAAACAACUCUGCUACAGCCUGUAUUCGGUGGUUAGGUUCCUCGGCAUCUGCUGUUUGAACUACCCUGAUUUGGUUCAUGCCAAAGAGUCAAGGCUGCUCUAUUAGCCUGGGUGGGUGGGACACACGUCAAGUGUGGGGUCAUUUAUUCCCAAUGCAAUUGUCCUUUGUCAUGUUCAUCGCUGAUCAUAAUUAUAGUACACGGCAUGGAGGUUCCGAUGGAAAAACUUGGGCUGCAGAAUCUCCUUCAGGAGAGUGUGUUCAUAAAAUGGGUUGAUGAGGGUCAUCCUUAUACGUUGGGUUCUUGCUUAGCCGACAACAAAGAGAAUACCAAUCUUAUUAUGAAAGUGGUCUGCGAUUCAGAAAGACGUCUUCAUGUCUAUUUCUCCCUCAAGGUGACUCACAAGCAUACUGGCAAAGAUCGUUCAAUGGAGAUGUUAUUGGUUGUGCCGCCGCAUGGUGACUUUGAAUGUUCCUUGAAAGUUCUUCCAGUAUCAGGCCUUGAUGAUUUGUCCUACCAUGACGCACUUGCCCUCCACGAAGCCGGUAUAAGCAAUUUGGAGCGCAUCAUUGUCCUACCAUUCGAUCUACAUUUUACAGGAUUUGUCGUUAGGAAGGAGAGGGAAUCUGCGACUAUCUUACCUUCGAACUCUACCUCGAGCACAUUGAUGCAGAAACUCAGAUCUUUAUCUGUUACGAAGAGCUUUAAGGUUUAUAUCCGACCUUCCGAUUACGCGCGGGAGCAUUUGAAAACGGUUGACGAGCUCUUACGUGAUAAGGGCGUAUGGAUCCGGGAACCUGACAUGCUAAAGAUAUACUCUCAAAAAGGCAUUAUGCUAGUGGACUGGGCCCAGAUUAAACAUCAAAAAGUCAAGGGCAGACCACCGCCAGUGCCACCACACAACGCACACGAUGCACAAAGGUCGACUGAAGUGCCGGUUCCUCGGUCACCAUCAAUCGCAGAUGUAGAUGCAAACGUAGAUGUCGUACCGGCAACACCAAGUCUUCUGCCGGUGUGCCGUAGUAUUUUCUCACCCGAUUGUGAAGAGCCGUCAGGUGUCGCAGAUGACUUGGAUCUUGACGAUAUUUGCAAAGAUUCAGGACAUGUCGAACCAGAUCUUGAGGUGGACUCGGAUGAGGAAUACCUUGCCGCGUUGAAUGCUCAACAACUAAGCCAACAACUCAGACAAGACGCAAGCUCAGAGGCUCUUCGAUUAGAAUUCAAAGAGUGGUUAAAGGCAGCAACGGCAAUAAAUGAAAAUGUGUACGAACACAGUCGACUGGCUAAAAAGUUGUUCGCUCUUGGUGAAAGUGUCCAUACGUCUAAUAGUGCGAUGUUCGACGCUAUUAGACCUUGGUGCUCUGCACUAUUCUUAUGUGACCCUACAGAUUCAAGCAGACCAACGGAUGAAUGGUUUGUCUCGGACAUGGCUGAGCUCAUCAAAUGGAUUAACACAUUUCAACGUGGCGCCGAGAUGACUAUGCUGAUAAAUGAUUUUAUAAAGCUUGGUAGUGCUGCUCGCGUAUGUAACAAGGACGAGUAUAAGCGUCAUAAAGUGGACUUUCUGCUUCGUAUAUGGGUCGAAUUUGACUGCUCAAGAAUCAGUAUCAACGGGGAGAGUAGGAAGGUCUUGUCCCGAAAAAGGAAUAUCUUGAAAACUGGUAGAAAUGUUUCUAAACGAGCUAGAACAGCUGCAUAAUUAUCAACUGUAUUCUUUGUUGUACAUACAUGGGUCGGCGGAUGGAUAGCAAAGGAGUAAGGUCCAUUGGAGUACCAGAGUCAAAGUCGGGAGCUUUCUGGGAAGAGAGCAACAAAAGACCUCCAGCUGCAACACGUGUGAUGAGAAAACUGGUAGUAGUUGACUCAUUGCGGACACAAUCCUGGAGAGCAGCACGCCAAUUUCCUUGCAUCCAUUUUCUCGAGAUUGAAAGAGGCUUGCACCCGGAGCGGAAAUACAGUGAUCCGUGCGUAAAGACGAAGGUGUAUUCACCCCUCCAAAAAAGCGUGGCCCCCCGCGCGUCAACCUAAAAAAGGCAUUCAACCAUUCACUCGACAAUAACUUCAAUCUGCUUUUUAUGCCCCAAAAUAAGAUGUCUUCUACGGUAUGUAGGAUCGUACUCUUCCUGCUUGGGUCUAUUAACUGAUGGAUCUCGAAAAUCACAUCAGGUGGAGGUACAAGUUCAGGUUCAAACGGCGUAGCCACGCAUGCUCCCACAUACAGAGAUCAGUCAAAAUUUGUAUACAGCGCUGUCCCACGUAUGUCUCUUCUAACAUAACCUCAUCUUAGCAGCAGUUCCUUGGUGGGGCUCUCAAGCACAUUGCUCCAAUUGUUUGGAACGGUUCUUGAAAGCUGGGAUUGAUACCAGAUGUCGCUGGCAGGAGGGGCAGCGGUGUCAUCAAUGCAUAGGCGACGGAUGUGUUUGCAUCGCUCUCAAUAACGACUGUAUUAGUGCAUACAUCAUGUACACUGGGAGCUUGGGGGAAGAUCCAGACGAGCUCGACUCGGGCACACGGUGGUACAAACGCAGCAUGAUCAACGCGCUAGAGAGAAUGUUCGCAGACUUGGAGGAGUCACUUAAGGUUGCAGGGCCACAGCUAGGACUCACAGGCGCUACUUAUACCGAUUUGGGAGCAGGGUCCUAUUUGCACUCUUUUCUUACCACUUGUGCUCAAUAUGGAUUUACCUCUUCCCUUCUCCCUAUCAUUCGUUGUGCACCACUGUUCCCUUGUGCCUCUUGUAACUAAGUUUGUGAAUUAUAUCCUU